AUGGCCGAAAAGCUGGAAGAUCUGGCUGUGCAGCUGUUCGACGCAGGCGCUGUGCGGUUGGGUGACAUUGAGGCGAAGGUUGGACGCCGGACACCAAUAUACUUCGACCUGAGGGUCGUCGUGUCGCAUCCCCGGUUGAUGAUGGCGAUAUCCCGUCAGUUACAAGCUUUAGCAUCCGAAAUACCACAUGACAUUCUCUGUGGAGUGCCGUACGCAGCUUUACCUUUUGCAGCCGUCAUGUCAGUUAAUUCAAACACACCGAUGAUUAUGAAGAGGAAGGAAACUAAAUUAUACGCAACCAAGAAAAUAUUGGAGGGAGUUUUCGAGAAAGAACAAAAAUGUCUCGUUAUUGAAGACGUAGUGACAUCUGGCGGCAGCUUAUUAGAAACCGUUACAACUCUACGCAGCGAAGGUUUACAAGUGACACACGCUGUAGUAGUUCUCGACCGGGAACAAGGUGGCGCUAGUGUGCUUAGAGCAAAUGGCGUGCAAAUGCGAUCGAUUUAUACUAUGACUAAUUUAGUGAAAAUUCUGAAUGACGCUGGGAGGAUUAGCGAUGAGACCGCAGAAAUCGUCUCCGAUCACAUUAGAGAAUGCCAAUUCGGUUACUCAGUAUAG